AUGGCUGAAGUUCGUGAGCGAUACUGGAUACCUAGACUACGUCGCCUUGUGAAGCAGGUACGAAGCAAAUGUCAUGGAUGUGUGCGAUUCCACGCUCGUGCGUAUCACAGACCACCGCCUGGACGACUACCAGUUACGCGAACGCAAGGAGAAACCCCAUUCCAAGUGAUAGGAGUCGACUUCGCUGGACCAAUCAAAUACAAAACAGCAGGAAAAGCGGAAAAGAAAGCGUAUCUGGUACUUUACGCGUGCAGCCUCACAAGAGCAGUUCAUUUAGAGCUGUUGAAAUCAUUGGAGGUUGUCCAAUUUCUGCCUAGCCUAAAAAGAUUGAUCGCUCGAAGGGGGAGACCACAAAUCAUAUACUCAGAUAAUGCCACUACGUUCAAGGCUGCGGCAAACUGGCUGAAAAAGGCAAUUGGAAAUGAGAUCAUAAACGGUUUCCUUACGGACAAGGAGAUCCAUUGGAGGUUUAACCUGAGUCACGCACCCUGGUGGGGUGGACAGUUCAGAUCAGGACGCCAAAUGGAAUUCUUGAACGUGCAAUACAGCAACUCUACCCGAUAG